UAUUUUCAUAGUUAACAUUUUUCAUCCACUAAAUCUUUGGUGUUUGACCAAUAUUUCAAUUUUUUGUUGUUGUUGUUGUUAGCAAACGAAUUAUCAAAAUGGCUUUAGGUGAAGCUGAUGUCCAAAAACAGAUUAAGCACAUGGUUGCUUUUAUUGAACAAGAAGCAAAUGAAAAAGCCGAAGAAAUCGAAGCCAAAGCUGAAGAAGAAUUCAACAUUGAAAAAGGUCGUCUCGUACAAGAACAACGGUUAAAGAUUAUUGAAUUUUUCGAGAAAAAAGAAAAACAAGUUGAAUUAAAACGAAGAAUUUAUAAUUCUCAUCUUCAAAAUCAAUCACGGCUUCGAGUUUUGAAACAACGUGAAGAUUUAAUCAAAAAUGUUCUGUUAGAAGCGCGACAAAAAUUGGCAGAAGUGACCAAAGAUAAUGAACUAUACAAAAAAGUAAUGCAAAAAUUAAUUGCCCAAAGUGUGUUCCGUUUGGUCGAAUCAGAAGUUGUCAUCUGCUGCCGUAAACAAGAUUUGACCUUGGUAGAGUCUUUAUUGGAUUCUGUUAAAAAAGAAUAUAAUGCUGCCACCAAACGCAAUGUUGCGAUCAAAAUCGAUAAAGAUCGUUAUCUUUCAUCAGAUACCUGUGGUGGUAUUGAAUUGUAUGCCCAAGCUGGUAAAAUCAAAGUUACUAAUACGCUUGAAAGUCGUUUAGAGCUGAUUAGUCAACAGCUUUUGCCGGAAAUUCGGGUGGCAUUGUUUCAACGAAAUCCGAAUCGAAAAUUUGAUGAUUAGAAACACGUCGCUCUUUCUUAGACAUCAUUUCCACCCAUCACACACACACACACACACACACAUGCUUCACACACUUUACAAUAUCAACGCCCGUUUUAUUCUAAUAAUUUAUUAUUAAGCUUUUU